AGUUAGAUGCUCGCAUAAAGAAUCUGGCAAAGACAAUGUUGGAAGGAAAAGCAGUGAGACUGUUUAUGGCUCGAUACAUUCUCCAAGUGUACCAAGUGUCUCCAAUACUUACCCUUUAGAGACAAAAAUGGUUUGCCUUUAUGAUUCAAAUCAUGGCAAAAGCACAAAAGGACUGGAAGUCAUAGCAGCUAUCAAAGAUGCAAUUAUGGCAAAUUGUACUGACUAUAUUGUCGAAAUAACAGAAGUUCAUGAUAUAAUGCAUUGGCAACACGACGUUUUUAAGCCGCUGAUACUCAUAUGUCCAAUCACAAAUAGACUGCUACAUGAUACUGAAAGUGCAUUGGCUAAAAUUCGAGUUGAGUAUUACAGUAGCGUCGCCCUGAUUGUUGUUCACGGAAAAACCAAGGAUUAUUCGCGAUAUGGAUCAUCAAGGAGCGAACUUUCGUCUAAGGGAAAUUAUGGAAGACUAGGAGAAAUCAUUGACUGGUUCAUGAAAAAUGACAGUUACAAUUUUGAAGCGACUAGGGAUAUCAUUAACUUUGUCACGAAAAUGGUGAAAUAAGAAUAGUAGGCAUGUAUAAUGUAUUAAUUUUAUAGUACAGUGCAACUACUAAUUUAGUAACUAUAUGCACUUGUAAAUAAACCUUCAGUACUUGCUAAAAGUAGUGCAAUUCUGAGAUGAAAAUCAUAUUGAGUAAUUAUACUAUGAGCAAAUGCAAUAUCCUUAUUGAUAAAGGACAUAAUAUUAUUAAGUUUAUCAUGCAGGUACAUGUAUAGAAUUCAAAGUCUAUUCUCAGACUAACACUUUUUGAGUGACUACUUCGAUUUACAACCUUUACAAUAUUGUUACUAUCUUUCACUUUUAUUUGCACAAGAUAUAAAUGUUCCUGUUGCCAUGCAUAAGACCUUAAACACAAUCUUUGUUUUGUUAAAUGUAACUUACACAGUGUCUUUCAGUUAAGAAAAAUAUUACAAUGAAUAUAAUUGCCCGUUAACUAUAUGUCUGUUAUGUUUUUAUGUUUGGCAUUGAUUGUAAAUGCAAGUGCCUACUGAAAACUUGAUAUGAGGUUACAAAUUGUGAAAAUCCUUCAGAUUGCAUUUUCUUAUUUGUACAAAAACACUCCGCCUGAAACGAUAAAGUCAGUUAUUUAUUUUGUAAUUAGUGCAUGUGAUCCAUGUUAGCUAGCUACUGGCAUAAUGAUGUCUGCGAGCAUCAUCGUAAUUCAGUUAAACUGUCCACGUCGA